CAAAAGAUGGCAAGUGUAACCAUGAUUGAACCACGCGAGCCACACCAAAAUGAAUAUUAUUUCUGGAUAAUUUAUUAUCUACCUGCUGCCGUCUUUCUGCUUGUCUUUCUUUUCUGCUUGUACUUUCGUUCCUUGGUUAUUGAUCAUGUCGAGGUUUGAAUACUCACGAGUCCUGGCGGACGAAAAACUGGAGGAUGAGCAGCCAGAAGUUCCUCGUCGAAAGUCUCUAGCAAGCGCAAUAUUUUAUGCAUUCGCUGGACUUGUUUUGUUUACUGCAUUUACCGCAUUGGUUGUGAAACUUUCAAAUAUCGGAAGUGUUCAGCCAAGCAAGGGGGCUCCUAACGUCAACUCCGACUGGGCAUCCGAGCAUGAGCAUGAACAUGAAACACGAGCAACAGGUGAUCAAUACCUCAUAGGUGUCGGUAAGGCUGAUAUCACGGGGUAAGACUGAGUUCAUCUCCUGAAUACAAUUGCCUUACUGACAUCAAUAGUCCUGUUGUCGAAAUAAACUUUAUGGGCUAUGCUAGUCUUCCACAAGUUGGAACAGGACUCCGUCAGCGAAUUUUCUCCAGAGCUUUCAUUGUCGGAGAUGUCAACAAUCCUUCCAACCGAUUCAUCUAUCUAGUUCUCGACACAGCAUCUGGCGACACUGCAAUUAGAUAUGGAAUACUCGAAGGUGUAGCAGCUUUGGGUUCAGCAUAUUCAAUCUAUGGACAACAUAACAUCGCUGUCACAGGAACACAUCAACAUUCUGGUCCUGGAGCAUACUACAACUAUCUUCUACCACAAAUAACCUCACUAGGUUUUGAUAAGCAAAGCUACCAAGCCAUUGUAGAUGGCGCCGUUCUCUCAAUUAAGAGAGCACACGAGUCGCUUACUACGGGAUAUUUAAGUAGCGGCGAUACAAAUAUCACAGAUGCAAAUAUUAAUCGCAGUCUCUAUGCAUAUCUUGCCAACCCUGCAGCAGAAAGGGCAUUAUAUCCAGAUAAUGUUGAUAAGACAAUGAGUAUGCUUCGAUUCCAACGAGCUUCGGAUGGAUUGAAUAUUGGUGUCUUGACAUGGUUCAGUGUUCAUGGCACUUCCAUGUUGGAGAAUAAUACACAUGUCACUGGUUAGUUCUCCAUUUACCCUGUUGACAGAAACACGUUCUAAUCAUAAGAUCAGGUGACAACAAAGGAGUAGCAGCUUAUCUAUUCGAGAAAGCCGCCUUGAACGACCCCAAAGCUGCUCCAGGUUUCGUAGCCGGUUUCUCCCAAUCAAGUGUUGGAGAUAGUUCACCAAACGUUCUUGGCGCCUGGUGUGACAAUGGCUCUGGUCAACAAUGCACAUUAGAAAACAGUACCUGUGCUGGUAUAUCCGAAACAUGCCAUGGUCGAGGCCCAGCUUUCCAAGCAUUAGAUUUAGGAGUUACAAGUUGUUACAUCAUUGGUCAAAGGCAAUACAACGCAGCUCAAGCUCUUUACGUAAGUUAUCUUUCUUUUAGACUUUUUACUCAAAAGCAAAUGCUGAUUUGUAAAGAACUCGUUGGAUUCCGUUGGUACACCGCUCGUGGAUGGUAGUGUAAAAUCUUUCCAUUUCUUUCAGGAUAUGCAGUAUUACGAUUUCCCACUUGCAAAUGGAUCGAUUGCUCAAACUUGUCCAGCGGCUUUAGGAUAUUCGUUUGCGGCUGGUACUACUGAUGGGCCUGGAGCAUUCGAUUUCACACAGAAUGAUCCAGGUACACCCAAUGAUCCUCUUUGGAGUCUGGUAUCUGGUCUUCUUAGGGUGCCGACCGCUCAACAGGUAUGUUUUUUUUAUUCUGGUUAUAUGAUUUGUGUUGUUGUAGGAGCUAAUAUUAAUGUCUCUUAGGUUGCUUGCCAAUAUCCCAAGCCUGUCCUUUUAGAUGUUGGUGAAAUGUCUUCUCCUUAUGCUUGGACUCCUAAUAUUGGUACGUCAGUUUUCAUCCCUUUUCAAUCAACAUUCAUCUCCCAUACCACAUUCCUUCUCAAUCCGCCCCUAUCUAUCACUCCCUUCCCAUUCCCUUCCAUCAAAUUACCCAUUCCCUCAAACCCCUUCCCUCCCCACCACCAAACCCCACCCCACUAACCACUCACCCACAGUCGACAUGCAACUCCUCCGCGUCGGGCAACUAAUAAUAAUAAUCUCCCCCUCGGAAGCAACCACCAUGUCCGGGCGGCGCUGGAAAUCCGCCAUCUCAACCGCAGCCAGCACAUCUAAAAUCACAACCACAACCCCCAAAGUUGUACUCGGCGGUCCCGCAAACACAUACGCGCACUAUCUCGCCACGCCCGAAGAAUACAGCAUCCAGCGAUACGAAGGCGCGUCUACCCUCUUCGGCCAACACGAACUAGACGCCUAUAUCCACCUAACCACCUCCUCCAUCGGGUACCUCUCCGCAUCCAAUACCAGCCAGCCAGCCCCCGGACCCAGUCCCCCUAAUAACGUCAAUGCGAGUUUGAGUUUCAUAACAGGUGUAGUAUACGACAGCGGCUCGUUUGGAAGUGUAUCCGUGCAACCAGCGUCAGCGUAUAAGAUCGGCGCGGUGGUAAAUACGACGUUUGUGGGAGCGAACCCGAGGAAUAAUUUAAGGCUUGAGGGGACAUUUACAGCGGUCGAACAGUUGGGGAGUGAUGGGUUGUGGACUACUGUUAGAGAUGAUUGGGAUUGGUCUUUGGUGUAUACGUGGACGAGGGUGAAUGGGUUGACGGGCACGAGUAAUGUGGUUGUGAGUUGGGAGACGGGGACUAAGGAUGGGACGGUGCCGGGGACGUAUAGGGUUAGGUAUAAUGGUGAUUCGAAGAAUGCUUUGGGGAAGAUUAGUUCGUUUACGGCGGUUAGUAAUAAAUUUACUUUGAGUUGAGGGGUUGGUUGAAUGAUGGAACUAAAGAUUCUACGAGAUGAAGGGUUUGAGGGUAUAUGAACGGAAUGCGAAAUGAUUGACAGAGGAGGAGAAAGAUCAGGAAAUGGUUUCUUUAUAUUCAGUACUUUUGAUGAUUUAUACUUCU